GUCCUACUCCCCCCAAAAACAAGAAUAAUCUCUCAAAUCUUUCCUUUCCUUUCCUUCUUCUCCUUUCUGUCACUUCUCUGCCUCAAAAGCUUCAACCUUUCUUCUCCCUCCUCCUUCCACCAGAGGAAAACAUCUAUCCCAGAACCACAAACCAAUUACCUCCAUUUCUGCACAAGCUUUGAAAAUCCAAACUGGUUCCCUGUUGGAAUAGCCAUUUCCAACACAAGCUGCCGAUGAGUUUCAGCUCUCUUCACUCCCAAAGUUUCUACAUUGCCCUGAAAAUCCCCACGACCUCCUUUCGCCGCAAGCUCUGUUAGAUCGUUGAAGGGUCAGUAAUUAAAAUUUAAAAGGGUAACUGGUUUUCCCCCUGAAUCCCAAAUCCCAUCAGAACGCCAAAAUCUCUCUCUGCCUUGAAUCAUACAUGGCGAGCGACACAGUCUCCGGCGGCAUCGUUGGUUUUGGCCUCCUCUCUUGCGAUCCUCUCUGGAUACCUCCCCCUUCCGUCGAUUUCCACGGGGCGAGACAUUUGUUGGAUUUCGACAAUGUUGGGGGCGGAGACGCCAUGGACGGAGGAAGUUUCUUCCACUCUCUGGUGAAAGAAGAGCUCUGCGACGAGGAUUUCGAACUGGGUUCCAGCCCUAGAGGUAAGAAACGGCGGCUGACCAUCGGCCAGGUUCACUCCCUGGAAAGAAGCUUCGAGAUGGAGAACAAGCUGGAGCCGGAGAGAAAAGUGCAGCUUGCCCAGGAGCUCGGCUUGCAGCCUCGCCAGGUCGCCAUUUGGUUCCAGAAUCGCCGGGCUCGGUUCAAGAACAAGCAGCUGGAGAGAGAUUUCGACUCCCUCCGUGCCAACUUCGACCGCCUCAAAUCCGAUUACAACUCCCUGCUCCAAGAAAAAGAAUCCCUAAAAAACGAGGUGAAUUCGCUGAAGGAGAAAUUGGGGACGAGGGCGAAUCUGACUAAUUUGGGUGGAACGGGGACGUUUAUGGUCCCGGCCAUUAUUCCGCCGCCGCCGAUGAAGCCAGAGGAAGCAACGGCGACGGCGACGGGGAAGAGCGACGUGAUCAAUUCGGACAGCCCGCAUUCGGUGCUGAUGGAAGCGGCGGAGUCGUCGCAAGUCUUCGAGGAGAACCUUUCGGAUUACUUCUCCCAGGACGAAGACGACAGCCUGUACAUUAACAACAACAUUAGAAACAACAACGAACUUCUGAUGAUGGCUCAGCCGUCCAUUAACGGGUUCCCCAAAUUCAACGAGCUUCCUGGGGUGCCCAAUUCCUGCGGUUUCGAGUUUCCUGUGGAGGAUCAGCCCUUUCUGGUGCUGGAUUUGAUGAACUGGAUGUGAUUUUUUAAACGAAGGAAGUCCGUCCAGAGAUUCCCGGAGACUUUGAAGAACCAGAAAUUGUUAAAGCAGUAGUUUCCAAUUUCACACAGCUUCUGUACAAAGAAAAAUCAGUGCACAGUGGAUCGUAAGAAAAGAUUUGGCGCUCUUGGUGCUAACCACGGUGGUUAAUCAUCCUGUGGUUGUAGUAAGUAUGGCACUCAAGACGAGAAAUUUGACUUGGAGUGAAACGAAGUUGCCUAGGGGCGCCAAUGGUGGUUUACUUGCGUAGUAGUUACACAGUAAAAAAAAAGUAUAAUGUAGUGUGUUUUUUUUUACUUUAUAUCAUUUAUCCUGAUAGGGUUAACUUUAACUCUCUGCUUUGAGCAAGUUCCCUUUGUAAAAGCCGUUGGGCCAUUAAAGAAGCUCUCUCUUGGCAAGAUUUGUGAAUAAGCAAUCAAAAUCCAAUUUCAAGUUUCAACCCUUUCUUUCUGCAAAUCAUUUGCAUCAUUUUGGUUACAUUGUGGCUUCCUGGAAAUGGAGUUACUUGAAAUUUUUAGGUACUUUUUCAUCUAGCAAGUGAGGUAUGUUCCUAGUCGAACUAACUGAGGACGUUAGAGAGUCGAACGAUAUUAGAUUCGGUUAACCGAAACUUCAAGAAAUUACAUGAUCUUUUGUUUAACCAAACUUAACAGUAGAGUUCAUAUAUCAAUAUAAUGAAUGAUAAGAACAUGUGGAAAAUAUAACUAGCAGGCAAAGGAUUCAUCAUCAAGCCUCCUCCUGUGUGCUUAUGAAAGCCGUUCAGACAAAGGAGGCAAUUGCGGGUUUCACUUUCAAAGGGAGGGGAAACAACGUGAAUCAACAAGUUUGAAUAGUUUGACAAGUCAUGAAACUUUUUGUGUAGUUACUUUUUUGUUUUCCCCUUUCUGGGUGGCUUUGCUUGGCUAAGUCAAGAUUCUGGUGUCAUAUAUGUACUGGUGUGCCAAGUUUCCAUAAUAAAGGCUCUUCACAUAGCCAUGACUUCUAGGCACAUCUACUCUUUUUAGGGUAGUGAAGGAUGUUGACAACCACCAAAACAAAAGAUUUUUUAUAACAAAGCCAAAGGAGGGAUGUUGACAUGUUUGUGUACUCAUGGAAGGUUAGACAAAUUCAUCAACCCCCUUUUUUGACAUUAAGAUCCAAUGUUAUUCCACAAGGUCAUAGGUGUCACAAAUUUGAUAUAGUAUAUUGAUUCAGUUAUCCGGAAGAGAAGAUCCCGCUAUAAAGCGAGCAACUUGAUCAACUCUAGUGUUAAACUUCGUAGACCUUAAUAAGAAGGUUCGAUCUGAGAGUUGACGUCAUUGGUCUUAUCCAUACGACACUCUUUCAAGGGGAUUUCAAAGAGUCUUGUGAUAAAACUUGAAUCAAUACUAGAUAAUCUGAUUGGAUCGCACAUUAUGCGCCAUAUUCUUGUGCUAAUUUAAGACCUUCUAGAAGGGCUUUCAUUCCAGCUUCAAUUGGGAUAGAACUAGGGAUUGUAUCAGCUCGACCAUCACAUACUUGUUCAUGAUGUUCAAUAUUUCAUCUUUCUUUCACUAGGAUCAAUUCACUCUUUGACCUUCAAGUGGUCUUGAGGGCCGCUACUAAUUCUGAUACUGGUAAGUGCUUUUUGUUGUACAAGACAUACGAUCACUCCAAAGGAUUUAAUGUAUGAAAUUAGAAUGUGUUGUUCCCGAGUUCCCUUACGAUUUAAGCUCUUAAUCACGAUAGUCCCCAAAUUGGUAGGGUCUAGGGGGUUCAAAUUGGCGGGUAAUGGAACUUGCCAAUUUUGGUCAUAAGACCUAACAAUUUGGCUAGGUGCAACAUCUCACAUAUAGUAAGUUUUGGGAAACUGCAGGUUGUUGGACUGAAAUUGGGGUUAGGCAACCUACCAAUAACAUAUUGUGCACCCUUAAGUGGCUAUCUCCUUCAUUCGACAUCAAAUUUUGUCCUUGUUUUCAGGCAAGGAAAAACUGGUGUUUGAACUCAAUAAAUGCACCUUGGACUUCUUGAACAACGACAAUAACACGGUUCACUCCUCUCCGAACAAUGUUCGAACGAGGGUGUUUGAUGAUUUUGAUGGCUGAUAAAACUAAGUUAAAUUACUUCUACUCCUAUGGAGGUUCAGUGAGAGCUCCAGAAAUCAAAGGCUACGACUAUGGCUACAUUGAAGAGGAAAGAUAAGUUUGACAUGUGGUGUCAAAUAUUUGGUUGUGGACUCUUUGAUUCGUCUUCGUUUCUCCUAUUUAUAGCCAUCACUUGUAACCGCCGUGUAACCGUCUCUAGUUCACCGCUUCUCCUCUGCUUGGUGCUUGAUGUAGCUUGCUUAACGCCUUGAGUGUUUGCCACUUGAUACCUUGCACCUUGUUGACUUCACUUGAUAGCUAGCCCCUUGUGUCAUGGAGGUGUCUUGCUUGGUGAUUGAGGGCUUCAAGCUUGGUGGUACUCGUGCUAACCACCCUCGACACUAGGGUGCUUGGGGGCUGAUGGAUGCACACUGACCCCCUUGGGGGUGACAUCAUACUUGUAGGGUCUUGACAAACUGGUCUACCACAUGAUGAUAUACAUGCCUGACCACUUAGAAACUUGAUGACCUUGCACGAGACUUAGCGGUAUCCGGUGCUUGACCCCCUUGGACGGUAUCAUGCAUGACCCCCCUUGUGGUUGGAUCUCCAUACUUAGCCAAUUUUCACCUUCUUUUGACGCAUCACGUGUAGGGAUACUCGUGAUAGCUCUCCUUGCACAACAUCAUGUUUGACACCCUAGCGCAAGGUAGGUAGACGACAUAGUGCUUGACCCCCCUUGCAUGACAUCAUGCUUGACCCCCUGGGAUGAUGUAAUGCUUGACCCCCCUUGUGCUAUGGGUCUCAACACUUAGCCAAAUUUUGCCUUUCUUUGCCACCACAGUUUAGGGACUUGCGUUUCCCUUCUCCCCUUGCCACAUGCUUGAUACCCGGUAGGUGGCUAGACCCCCUUGCGUCUCAUCAUACUCGACUCAAUGUCAUGCUUGACCCCCCUUGGACACUAUGACAUGGAUGAUGCCGUGCUUGACCCCCCUUGGAAGAUUUCAUGCAUGACCCCCUUUGGAUGAUGUCAUGCUUGACCCCCCUUGUGCUAUGGGUCUCAACACUUAGCCAAUUUUCGCCUUCUUUCCCAUCAUGUCUAGCGGUACUCGCGAUGACCCCUUUGCAUGACAUCAUGCUUGACCCCCCCUGGGAUGAUGUCAUGCUUGACCCCCCUAGUGGUUAGGUCUUAACACUUAGCCAAAUUUUGCCCCCACCAUGCCGACUUGGGUGGAUGUCAUGCAUGACCCCCCUUGAACGAUGUCAUACUUGACCCCCCUUGUGCUAUGGGUCUUAACACUUAGCCAAUUUUCGCUUUCUUUCCCACCAUGCCGACUUGGGUGUUUGAUGUUGAAGGGUGUCAACACGCUUGGCACUUGACCCCCCUUGGACACUAUGACAUGGAUGAUGCCGUGCUUGACCCCCUUGGACGAUGUCAUGCUUGACCCCCCUUGUGCUAUGGGUCUCAACACUUAGCCAAUUUUCGCUUUCUUUCCCAUCAUGUCCAGUGGUACUUGCGAUGGUUGAUGUUGAAGGGUGUCAACACGCUUGGCACUUGAUCCCUCUUGCGUGACGGGUGGGUGUUUGGUGGGUCAAGUGGUGUGUGUUGAGGUACCUUGUAUGAAGCCCAAAAUACCAUCAUUUAGGCCCAGCUUAAACUAAUUUAAUUAAUAUGGUUAAGUUGG